UAAUGAAUAAAUAAUACAACACAUCAAAAGAUGCACAAAUUCAGUAACUGUGCGCGUGUGAGUGUGUGAAAUUGUUUACUCAAAAGCGAAGAAAGUGUUUUGCUAAGCUCAUGCCCAUGCUCUGGUUCCUGCCCACGCAGAGGAGCGCCUGAAGCUACGAUCAUUCAUUAUUGCUUCUUCUUCUUUAAGCCGUGUUUCGCUUACCUGUCACAACGCGAGUGUAUUUGUGCGGUGGCUCUCUCGAUCGCCGAUCUCUCUGUGUGUGUGUUUCUCUUUUUGCGCAUGCAAAAAGGCGGCGGCUUCAACAACAACAAAACCAACAACACAAGCUUUCAAGUCGAAGUUCUUGAGCGUCGGCGUCGUCGUCGCUGUCAGCGGCAACAGGUUAGCCCGCGCGUACAGCGCUGCAGCAGAGGCAGGCCGUGUACAGAUUGAAAAACUUUUUGAAUCGUUCGAAAUUUCACAGCCAUGGAUUAUAGCAGCAUAAAAAAGAGAAUUUCCCUGAUUGAUAUGGAUUUAUAAAAUAUAAUUAAAUUUAUUUGGAUCUCACUUUGUAUGUUUAACGUUCGUUAUGCUGUACAGUAAAACAUGGCAAAGUCGACACUUUAUGCUGCUGGUGUGACCUGUCUGGGCUUUGUUUGCUUCGCCUUGGCAUCUGUGGCCAUUGGUGUGCCCAUUUGGGGUUACUACGAUAGUCCAUCGGGUGGCUAUGACUUUGAUCGGGGUUAUUUUGGGCCCUUUAAGGUGUGCAAACAAUUGACUUACAAUCGCGAGAAAUGCGGCAAUGAUGUAUCCAAGUUUCGAUUAAGCAAUGCCGUGUUUGUUAGUGGCCUGCUGGCCAUUGGUAGCUCAGCCUUGCUGGGCAUCUUCUGCAUUCUGUCGGUCAUUCAGCAUGCAAUGAUCUCGUCCAGGGAGAAGGUGGUGAUGCCCUACGCCACACUGGUCGUAGUAAAGCUGAUAUUUGCACUGCUGGGAGGUGUACUGGCCAUCAUAGCCACUAUUCUGUUUGCAUUGCAAAUUGAUGAGCAGGAGCGUUUCGGUUUCAAGAUAUCGCGGGGCAUUUCCUUCUACAUACAGAUCGUUGCUAUUGUGCUCUCCAUAGCCCUGUUUGUGGCAGCUCUGUAUGAUGUCAUCUACUCGCGCAGUCCUGGCGGUGAUCCCACCAUGGGCAUGGACGCAGCCUCGCCUGCCAGUGCCACCACCUUCAAUAAUCCUGGCUUCAAGGAGCCGCGCAGUCGCAAUGGCGUCUCGGUGACAGAUGCCUCGGGCAAGCCGUACAGCGGCAUCAGAAAUGGGGCUGGAACUGCGGGCAGUGUGGCCUCCAUGAGCACCACGGUGACGAGCGUUUCGAAUGGCUCCACCCUGGACUCUGUCACGCGUUCGCCGCUGCGUUCGAGCCUUAAGAAGCCCCGCCCGCGGCCAGAUCCGACGUUGGGCAUACAGAAUCCAGGAUAUUCUGGCUCUGGCAGCUCGCCACCAAUGCGUCGCAAUGGUAGCGUAAAGAAGGUGCGCAUUCAGACGCACAGCACCGAGGUGUAGGCAGCACAACUAAAAGGAAGUUCACACAAGCGAAACAACAACAAAACAUUUACAAAGACUGUGUACAGUAGCAAAAAAAAAGAAAGAUGAAAGGCAGAGAGGAAGGCAUUCCCCCAAUUAGUUAUGGAAUAUUCCUUUUCAUUUGUCUUCCAAAAAGAUUCGCAUAAGCAGCAUUCGAUUUGGCACAGACGACAAUUUCUUCUGUGAGCAACGGUUUCCGUCCAUGGGCAUGGCAAGAGUAUUUAACAGAGUUCUCCCCCCACCCCCAGGCAGGACUUGCAUUAUAAUACAACUCUCCCCAAGUGCCCUUUCGACCGCGCCCAGUCCCCAAGGCUCUCGACGGGAAGAAAGAUUCCCAACCCUAAAGAUAAUAUUUACUUGCAAUAUUCUUAUUUAACAAAAACAAACUCCCGUUCCCCCACUACCACAUAAGCAUUAUAAAGCAGCAUUUGUAAAAUACAUAAACAUCGGGAAUGACACAAACUGUUAUUUAUAGUUUAAGUUUAAGUCACGAAAUAAUUGAAAAAAGUUUCGAAUGCGCUCGAGAGGAGUGUAGUUUGUACGCGUAUGUUAUUGUUAGCAAUACUUUCACGAUUGUUGAUUGACGAAAUUUCACUAUUGGUAGACACUUGGAUUAAUUAAGCUAAGCUUUUGUUUGUUUAGUUAUUUGUAAUCCAAUUGGAAAAUGUGUUUCAUGUUUUUCUCUGUAAGCUUAUUACUAAAUCGAAGGCGAUAAUAAAUAAUACUAU